UUGCAACUAAAAUACGUACCUACUAUCAAGACAUAAUUUAUUUUUCAAUUUAAAUUUCUUAAUUAAUCAUUACAUUAUGAUUAUAUUAUAACCCUUACUUUAAAACUCAGAUUUUUGCUAUAAUUUUUUUUUGCUAAAUUUAACAAACUUUUUGACAUAGUUUCUGUAGGUAUAAGAGCUCUCAGUAGCAUAGUAUUUUAUAUAUAUUCAAGCUUUUUAUGGAAUAAGUAAAAAGGAAUACGCGUAUCUUGGUACCGGAAAACCGAAGGUCGGGUUUUACUUUAUAAGCAGGGGUUGCAUCGGAAAAUGGUAUAGUUUUGUCACAGAACUUCAGCAGUUUCAAACUAAUACAAUGAAAGGCUUGAUCAUUCUUCCUGCACUUUUGGCUCUCGCCUCUGCAGCACCUGGAGGUUUGGGCUUAGGCGGAGGCAUCCUCGGUCUUGGCGGUGUAGGACUUGGCGGUGUAGGACUAGGGGGUAUCGGUCUUGGAGGCGUAGCUGUCGGAGGCCCAGUUUUAACUUCGGGUGUUAUCGCUGGACCAGCCCUAGGAGUAGCUAAUCUUGCCGGACCUAUCUCCACUGGAGCUGUUUUAUCUGGACCAAGGACCACUGGUGCUAUUAUUGACGGUCCCAGAACAACCGGUGCUGUCCUUACUGGUGCUAGUACUUCUGGUGCAGUACUCGCUGGCCCCGCUUUAGGUUCCUCUGUCGCCAUUGCAGGCCCAGCAAUCGCUGGUCCUGUAGCACUCGCUGGUCCUGUUGGUUUGGCUGCUGGAGUAAUCACUAACGGAGGUGGUUCCAUCGGAGUCUCAGGACUUGGUGCUUCAGUAAACGGACCUCCAACUGCUCCCGUAGUAGUGCGAGGACCUUCAGGAAAAAUCGCAGCUGAUGGUUUAUGGGGACCCACUCUACAAGGUCUUCCCAUUGGCAAGCUUUUAUAAGUAGAAUUUUGAAAUGACUUUGUGCCCAUUUUUUUUUUUUUGACCAGAAUCAGACUAAUUUGCUUGGGGCAUUACAAAAAAUGACGUAAAAAAUUUGAUAUGUCCCAGAAGGACUUCUUUCUCUAUCUCUUCUUUCCAUACCUUAUCGCACAUUCUUUUUUUUUCCUCUUUCUUCUGCUCUUCUAUCAAAUACAUUUUGAUCUCACUUCUGAUUUUUGGGACAUUUUUCAGUUUUUAAAUGCCAAAAAAAAAUAGAUAAAUAGACAAGCCUUGAAGUCUGAUGAUAGUCAAUUGAAAGGGUACGUUAAAACCACGACUGCCUCCCGACUUUUGUUAUGUAUUAAUUAAGUUAUAGUAAAUAUAGUAUUUUGUGAUUGAAUUUA